AUGGCACCCUCAGGGGCCCUGCCAGAGGCGGAGGCACCUCAAGAGCGUCGGAGCCCUCCCAUAUGCAGAAACGCUAGGGGGCCCUCUCAAGGGCGGCGUCGACCCCAGGGCUCAUCCUUAGUGAUAGCGGCGGCUCCAGACGCCUUUCCAGAGACUGUGGCGCCCCAGAAGAGCUCCCAGGGACGCUGGCGUCCCCAGAGGCUCUCCUUAGGGGUAAUGGAACCUACCCCCCCUCCCAAGGACACUCCCAGGACCUUCCAGGGGCCGAAACGCUUUUUUGCUUUCCCAGUGGCGGUUGUUCUGCCAGGGGUUCUCCAAGGGGCGGCUGCGCCUCCAGGGGCCGUCCGAGGAGUGGCGGCGCCCCCAGGGGCAAACCCAAGGACGUCGGCGCUUUCAGGGGCCCUCAAAGCGGCGGCGGCAUCCCUAGGGGGACCUCACAGAUGCGGAGUCGCCCCUAGGAGAGCUGGCGGCCCCAAGGGCCAUUCCAAGGCGGUGGCAGCUCCUGAGGCCCUCCCAAAAUCGGCGGCGACCCCAGGGAUGGAGCCACACCAGAGGCCCUUCCAGGGAUGGUGGAGCCCCAGGAGAUCUGGCAGGGGCUGUGACGCUCCCAGGGGCCCUUCCAGUGGCGGUAGUGCCCCGAGAGGCCCUACCAGGGGCGUCGUCACCACCAGGGGUUUUUCCAGGGAUGGCAAACCUAGCAGGUGCCCUCCCAAAGGCGGAGCCACCCCCAGGGGCCCUCACGGAUGCAGAGGCGGCACUAAAGACCCUCCCAGGGGCGGUGACGCUCUCAAGGGCCUUCUCAGGGGCUGUGGCGGUCCUAGGGCCCUUCCAAUAGUGGUGGCGCCCCCAAAGGACAUUCCAGGGGCGGCGGGACCACAAAAACCCUCAAAGGGGGCGGCGGCGCCCGCAGCGGUCUUCCUUAGGGGUAACUGUGACCUCAGGGUCCUGCCAGGGGCGGUGGUGCCCCCAUGGGCCCUCCCAGGGGCGCCGAGUGCCCUCCAAGAGGCAGUGGGGUCUCUAGGGGCCCUCCCAGAAGCAGUGGUGCUCCUCAGGAGCCCUGCCACGGACGGGGGCGCUCGCAGGAACCUUUCCAGGGGCGGGCAGGGCGACAAAAACCGUCCCCGGGGCGGUAGCACCCCCAGGAUCCCUCCCAGGGGCGGCAGCGUCACCAAAGGCCUUCCCAGGGGUGGAUGCUCCCCAAGGGGACCUCCCAAGGGCGGCGGCUGUUUUCCAGGGGCCAUCCCACGAGUGGAAUCGCCCCCUGAGGCCUUCUCAGGGACACCAGCACCCCCAGGGAUCCUCACAGGUGUGGUGGAUUCCCCAGAGGCCCUUCUAGGGACAGCAGUGCCCCCCAGGGCCCUCUCGGGGGCUGCAGCGCCCACAGGGAUCUUCUAG